UGUGUGCGCGCGCGCCCGUGUGCCGAUGGGGCUGCGUGUGCGUGUGUGCGCCCUCGCGGGAGUGAGUGCGUGAGAGCGCGCGGCGGGCAGGCGGGCGGGCGGGCGGGCAGAGGGAGAGACACCCAGCCACCGACUGCUGCAUUGCUGCUGAGCCACGACUCGCUCAGCCCCCAAUAUGCGGCCGCUGCUGCCGCUGCCCCCACCGCCGCCGCCGCCGCCGCUGCUGCCGCUGAGGGGCCCGCGAUCUGGUGGAGAUCAGCAGCAGAGCGGCGGCUGCAGGUGGAGAGCAGCGCGGUGGGCUUGAGUCGGGUCGGGCUCUUUUCUCCCUCCCCUCCCCUGCUUCCCCUCCCCCUCCCCGAUCCCCUCCUCCCCGUCCGCCCGCCCGUUCGCCCGCCGCGGGUCCGCGCCAGGGAUUGGCACCGGCUUCUCCCCGACCCUUAUUUAUGAUGCUUUUUUUCUUGGGUGCUCUGCCUGUGAUGGUUUUUAGGCGGAGCCGUUUGCACCAAAAACUGUAGCAACUGCUCCCCCUUCUCUCCCCCUCCCCCCAUCCCUUCCCUUCCCCUUCCCUCCUCCCCUCCGAUACUGGAUCAACAGCAGAAGAGGGACUGGUCGGGAUCCGCGCAGAUAGACAAUGAAUAAUCGCAAGAAAUUGACUUGAAUUCCCCCGAAGCCGGCGCCGCCGCAGCUGAAGGCGGCUCUCUUUUUUCUUUUUUUCCUUCUAUUUUCUUCUUUAAAGCCAGAGGGAGCACAAACAAACAAUUUGUUUCUUGUACCUUGUUCCUUUUCCCCCCUUUUUUCUUUUUCACCUUUUGGGGGAUUUGCAAACCGAAUUACAUGCAUGUCCAGUGGGGGUAGGUUUAAUUUUGAUGAUGGAGGGUCCUACUGUGGAGGCUGGGAGGACGGCAAAGCGCACGGCCAUGGGAUCUGCACUGGCCCCAAGGGCCAAGGAGAAUACACCGGCUCCUGGAGUCACGGCUUCGAGGUGCUGGGGGUCUACACCUGGCCCAGUGGCAACACGUACCAGGGCACUUGGGCGCAGGGCAAGCGUCAUGGCAUCGGCCUGGAGAGCAAGGGGAAGUGGCUGUACAAGGGAGAGUGGACUCACGGCUUUAAGGGACGCUACGGGGUCCGGGAGUGUACCGGCAACGGGGCCAAGUACGAAGGCACCUGGAGCAAUGGAUUACAGGACGGCUAUGGGACCGAGACCUACUCGGAUGGAGGGACUUACCAGGGUCAAUGGGUUGGUGGAAUGCGCCAAGGCUAUGGCGUCCGGCAGAGCGUCCCGUACGGCAUGGCUGCGGUCAUCAGGUCACCCCUGAGGACAUCCAUCAACUCGCUGAGGAGUGAGCACACCAAUGGCACAGCACUGCAUCCAGACGCCUCACCUGCUGUGGCCGGCAGCCCUGCGGUGUCCCGGGGGGGCUUCGUCCUUGUGGCUCAUAGCGAUGCCGAGAUCCUCAAGAGCAAGAAAAAGGGGCUUUUCCGGCGGUCCCUCCUGAGCGGCUUGAAGCUGCGGAAGUCGGAAUCCAAGAGCAGCCUGGCCAGCCAGAGGAGCAAGCAGAGUUCCUUCCGCAGCGAGGCUGGAAUGAGUACGGUCAGCUCCACUGCCAGUGACAUCAACUCCACCAUCAGCCUGGGUGAGGGGGAGGCGGAGCUGUCCGUCAUCGAGGACGACAUUGACGCUACCACCACUGAGACCUAUGUAGGCGAAUGGAAGAAUGACAAACGGUCUGGCUUUGGGCUGAGCCAGCGCUCGGAUGGACUCAAGUACGAGGGGGAAUGGGCCAAUAACAAACGUCAUGGUUAUGGGUGCAUGACUUUCCCGGAUGGCACGAAGGAGGAAGGGAAAUAUAAGCAGAACAUUCUGGUGAGCGGAAAGCGAAAGAACCUGAUUCCACUGAGGGCCAGCAAGAUCCGGGAGAAGGUGGACCGAGCUGUCGAGGCAGCCGAACGAGCAGCCACCAUCGCCAAGCAGAAAGCGGAGAUCGCGGCUUCCAGGACCUCGCACUCCCGGGCCAAGGCGGAGGCAGCCCUCACCGCAGCUCAGAAAGCCCAGGAAGAAGCCCGGAUGGCCAGGAUCACUGCCAAAGAGUUCUCACCUUCCUUCCAGCACAGGGAAAAUGGACUUGAAUGCCAGAGGCCAAAGCGUCAAAACUCGAGCGACGACAUCGAAGUGAUCUCCACAGGGACCCCCUUGCAACAAGAAAGCCCUGAGCUGUACCGGAAAGGCACAACCCCUUCCGACCUCACCCCCGAUGACAGCCCCCUCCAGAGCUUCCCUGCCAGCCCCUCCAUCACACCACCACCAAUCCCUGCCUCCCGAAACAAGAGUGCUCACUUCUCCCGGCAGAUCUCUGUGGAUGAAGAGCGAGGCGGGGAGAUCCAGAUGCUGCUGGAGGGCCGGGGUGGGGACUACCUAAGACCCAACAGCUGGGGCGAUGAGAAGGUAGGGGGGUCGAGAGGGGUGCGGAGCGGUGCCCUGCGGAGCUGCCAGCCUGGGGACGACUACCGCAGCCGCAGCUCGGGUCACAAGCACCCGUCGUCCUCGUUGGGGAACCAUAAGCCCCGGGAGAGGUGGGCAGAUUCCCCCACCCCGUUCUCAUGGACUUCCCACCACCGACCCAACAACCACAGCUCAGGAAAUCCCAAGCUGCUGGAGUUGGACGAGAAGCUAAGCAAUUAUGAGAUGGAGAUGAAGCCCCUCAUGAGGAUGGAUUCUUAUAUGCAAGAGGUGCACACCCAAAAAAGACACUACAGCAAAGCCGGGGCCUGCCGGAGCUUGGUGGAAGAUCACCGCUCCGACGACCGGGCCUUCGGGGUGCAGAGACUGAGGUCCAAGUCCCAGAACAAGGAGAAUUUCAGGCCGUCGUCUUCUGCCGAACCCACAGUGCAAAAACUGGAAAAUCUAAGGCUCGGGGACAAAGCCGAGCCCCGGCUACUGAGAUGGGACUUAACCUUCUCCCCACCCCAGAAAUCCUUACCUGUUGCACUAGAAUCUGAUGAAGAAAAUGGGAAUGAGUUAAAGUCCAGUACGGGCUCAGCUCCUAUUCUCGUAGUCAUGGUGAUCUUGCUAAACAUUGGAGUCGCCAUUUUGUUUAUUAACUUUUUCAUCUGAUGAGAUUGUCUUAGCAAAAAUAACUGUUCUACAUACAGAUAGGGGAAAAGAGAGGAAAACAAAACAUAAAACAAAACGAAACAAAAAAAAAGGGAACGAACGUAACUCUGACUGUCCAACAACUUCCAAGUCUUUUCACAGAAGAACAACAUGAUUGGGUAUCACUCACAGUUUGCCUUUUUUUCUGGGUAAUGUUUUUUGGAUUUUAGCCAAAAUUCUUUGCUUGUAUAACACUAUGCUGUGUGACAUGGCAGAAGGUGGCCGACACACCGGCCCUCCCAGCUAGACACAGAAAGGGAAGAGAAGGGAUCUCGGAAAAUCAACAGCAAAAAGUCAAAUCACCUUUGUCAUCCACGUCACCAUCACGACAAGGAGGAGGAGGACAGAAGCGGCGGCUGCAGAGCAAAGUCCCAGGGGAGCGUCUCAUUUCAAGCUGGGUCAAGCAAGGAGAAAGAAGUAACUAUCUCCAAGUCAUCAGGGUCAGGGUUGGGAGAUGGAAAGAAAGGUAGUUCAUACUUUCUUUUCGUUCUCUGCUCUGAGAAAUCCUGUGACGAGCAUUUAUGGGUUUGGAGCACAGGGAAAGCAGCUGUCUUUUCCACUGGGAAGAGAAACUAGUCCUUUUUAUUCUCUUUAAAUGGAUAUACACACACACACACACAUAUAUGUACAUGUGUAUGUACAUAUAUAUAUAUGUGUGUGUGUAUGUGUUAAAGGGUGAGGGGGAAAUACAUUCCCCUUUUCUACCCAUCUAAAUUAAUUAAUCUUAUCAUUUUCCAGUACUGCCUUGCUGGCUUUCUCUGAGAAGGCUAAAUACCCGACCCCAAGCCAUAUGCUGGGUUUUAACCAAACACGGGGUACAGACGCAUCUGGACCGACGGUUAUUUUCUUUAAUUUGGCUUCAGAUUCCCCAACCCAAGCGUUUUCCCUCGCCUCCUUGUCACCCACACCAGCUCCCAAGGGAAACCACCCGACGGAGGUCCAGGAGAUGGAUUCAGGUACAGACUGGAGUGUCUAGAUGGGAAACCAGGGCAGUUAUUCAGAAGUGGAAUGAAUGCAGUCGGUGUGUCUGGUACAUCUUGCCAUGGACAGUUUCUGAAAUCAUGCUUGGGCUCAGAGCAUGUGGUAUUUUUGCACUUUGUAUGCAGGAUGUAUAUUCAGGCUUCCAACAUGUCCCUUGUACGCCAUCAUUGGUAAUGACAGCCCCUUAAGGAUGUAUUGUUUUCUACGAUAUAUGUCACUUAAGUUCAUUGAUUUUACCAUCUUUGUAAUAAUGCCUGCCUUGAUUUCCCCACUGGUAGAUAUGCAUAGUCAUUAAAGAUGCACUAUCCCUGUUCUGAAGCUGUUUGGGUCCCAAUGACAGGAUCAUGUUUUAAAACUCAGUGGCUUAAAAAAAAAAAUUCCCGUGUUCAUUAAAAAAAAAAUCUCUACCUCCCCUUUUCCCUAAACAUCCCCCCCCCAAAAAAAACCUCACAAUGCAAAAACAUACAACCCGAGUGUUGUUUCAGUCAGCCCAGGAGGUGCAGUGUUUUUCUGCUUACUCUGCCAGCGUGGCUUGAUGAUCUGACCCCAGUCGUAGGCUAGCCCGCCACGUGUGACUGUCCCUCUCGGAUCAGUAGUUAUUAGAGCCUUUGACAUGCCCGUGCGUGUGUGUAUGUAGACAGGUUGAGUGUGGACAGAUCCAUAGACAAACACCUCAGUUCCACAUGGCGAAAUCCCUUUGAAAAAAAGGAUUCCACAUACAACGUUGUUGGGUACAGCCCAGACUUCCGGACUCUGCUUUGCUUCUCUUUAGCUGUUUUUCUGCUCUGUUUGAAGCAGAUUUCUUUAUUACACUGCACUGGAUUGCUAUAUUUUUAACCAGAAAUAAACUAAAGAUUAGAGCAUGUUCCAUUUAAGUUUAGUUCUUUUCCUUACACACUCACACACACACUCACACACGACCCAUCCUUCUCACAGUUUUGUUUAGUUCAAGGGUCUUUUUUGGGGGAGAGGGUGGGAGGGGACAUAGGAGGAGAGAGCAUCAGUAAUACAAAUACAUUUCUGACAGUUUGCUUUCUAAAGGGAUAUUACAUCUUUUGUACAUCUUAAUUUUCUGUUCCUCUUUUUUAAUAUUGAGUGGUUGCUGCAGAACCUAAAGUGAACCAAAUAAAGAUUCUUGUUAACUUGCAGCUCUGAGAAUCCUACAUGCUGGGAUACGUGUUUUGUAAUUCUGUUUGCAACUCUUUGUAAAGAUUAGCGAGACUUCUUUUGUACAUUCCAGUAACUGCAUGCCACAAAAUGGUACCUACAAAUGCAGGUUACAUUAUUUACAUGCAAACACCAUACAAUAUUUAGAUAUGUAUAAAAAAUUGACAGCACAAAAAUGCCUAUCAUUAAAUACGAGAACUAGUGGUUUCAUGCCUAGGGACUUCUCACUGGUGACUGACUGUUUUCCAUGACCACCAUUCCUGGCUGCCAGCCAAAUAAAUUGCCCCCCCCCCAACGAAUACCCCGGGACUUUUGUUUUGGGGUCAUCAUAUUCACAAGAUCCAACCGUUUCCUCUCAUUCCAAAAAGAAUGAAAGAGCUGGCUCGGAUCGAGGCUGUAAAGAGACUGUUUAGGUCUGAAAGACACCUGAAGAGUAAUUUUAAUUGGUUUCCAAAACAAUGUGAUUAAAAGCGAGGAUGACUUGAUUAAUUGUUGCAGGUUGAGCACUUGAAGACAGCACCUGCUCGUCACACCUUGGCCAGAGUCUCACAUUUCCCCAACAGCUACAUCACUCCUCAUUUUCUUCCACCAACAUUUACAGACUCGCUUCUCUCCAUCUCUUGCCUGAGUACACACACACACACACACACACACACACACACACACACACAUGCUUAUCUCACUGGAGGAAGGUAAAUGAGAAUUACGGGGUGGGUGGGGCAGUAUGGAAGCACUCACGCUAGCAGCUAUUUCCCAGUGGCCCAAAGCAUUUAGACAUUUUUUAAUUAAUACCCAAAGCAAUCCUGUAAGAAAGGUGCCGUUGUCCCUAUGCUGCAAAUGUGAAAGCUGAGGCACAGAAAAGUGAAAGAUUUUCCUAAAGACACCAGAUCGAUGGAUGGAGGGGGGAAAGGGGGUGUUGAAGAGAAGGGGAUUCUUACUGAAUCAUUCUUGGAAACCUGGUUUUCUAAACCAGGGCUUCUCAAAUUUUUCCCACUGGUGACCCCUUUUCACCCGAGAAAAUUUUACACCACUUCAGGUAUAUAGAUAUAUAAAAAAUGUAUACAAAUCAUUUACAGAUAAUAUAUCAUAAAUCCGUGACUCCCACAUUCAGUUACAAGACCCUUUAUGGAAUUACAAUACCACAGAUUCUGAGAUGUUGGUACAAAACAUACAUAUUUCAAUCAGAGUUAAAAAAAAUUUUUUUUUGAAAGCGUAUUUUAUUAAGAAGCUUGAAAAAUCAACAAUCUAAGUCAUCCUAAAAACAAAGUAUUUUACAUUGGUCCUUUUAGUUAUUCUCUUGACACUUAGCUAAACCCAACUCUUGACUAACCCCAGGUUAGUCCAAAAUAUAUAAAAAAAAAACUCGGGAGGAAAUGAGUCCUUGGUGAAAUCAGGUGGAGGAGUACCUGGGAAAGGAUUGACUUUUUAAAGGGAUUUCUUAUAGGAUUUUGUAGAGUGGCUUGACUUCUCUGUGCCUCGGUUUAUCUAUUUUUCUUACCUAAAACUUGAGGAUUUUCAUGAUUUCUAUUUCAGAUUUAUUUGUGCCUUUUGAAUUUAAUUUCCUGCAUAGGAAAUGUCUGAAUAGUUGAAUACCUAAAAAAUGCUCCUUAUCUCUCUGGGACUUGUAUGCUGCAGUCUUUGACCAAGAUGAUAUGAAUGAUGUGAUGUAUGUAAGGUAGCGUAUGGACAAGCAAGGCCUGGAGCCCACAGAAGGUCAGUGUGGCUCCCAAGAAAGGAGAGCAAAUAUAAUUGAGCAGCUCACUAAGGGAGAAAAAUCCCAGAAAUACAAGGGCUGAUGGAUUUUUUUUAAAGUGACCCUUAUCCCUUUCAAACAAAUGUCAACAUCCUUUUUUUUCUUUUAUUUUCUGAAUCAAAACCUCCUGAGCAUGGUAUGAUCUCAAGCCAAUUCACUGAAAUUUCUCAAAGCCACUGCAGGAGAGGUAUUUGGUGAAAUCACGAGAAUUAAUUGCAUUAACUCAAUUCUGGCCUCCAGAUGUUUCGUCCUCUGCCUUGCGAGGGCAGAAGAAAUCACAGGCCACCUAGUGUGGAAAAUGACCAAAUAGAGCCCCGGUGUUGGAUGAUUGCAGUGGGUAGAUAGCGCUCUUGUAGGGGAUGCACGAGCUGGAGUUGUUUGUCAUUCAGUUAUGAAAAAGACUUUCUGUAAAACAGGGAUUAACAUGUUAUAUCUCAAGUAGAGCUUUUGUCCUUGAGAUACCAUCUUGUAAAAAUGAAAAGGGACAAGAGGAAACCUUGCAAGGCCUGCUAGUUCAUCUCCUACCUUCCAAUAAUAUUAGCUAAACCAUUUGAGAUGGCUCAUCAGAGGUGACCAUUUUGAUAUUUCACUUUAUUUCCCCAUAUCUCAUUUCGAAUGUCUUUGUGGUACACACAUCUAGUUUGUUUCUUCUUCUUCUGCCUUUAAGCACAGAUGGAACUAAAGGUUAUCAGUAAUUUGUAUUUCCUCACUUAAAUCCCAUUUCUUUAACUUUUUUUUUUUUUUUUUUAUAAAAUCUGUCUUCCAACAUUUAUGCCUUCCUUUAGUUCAGUGAAAGUAACUAUGGGGAAGGUACCUCUCUAAAAUUGAGCAAAAAUCCACUCCACUAACUUUAACCAACUACUUGACCUGGUGGAGAAGAAAUGAAUACCAGCAUUUUCUCAUACCAAGUUAAGAUAGAGAAGGGUUCUCAACCUUUGCUGUAUUCUCAGAAUAACACUUUUAAAUGCCUCAAAUAAACAUGGAAUUACAAAGGAAACCAAAGGUUAGUGAAAAUUUAAAUAUUUUCACAGACUCUCCCAGGUUAAGAAACUGAGAUAGAUUAAUUCUUAUGAUAGAUAUUCAACAAACACUCCCUGGGGCAAAGAAUUUGCCUGUUAUUCACUUAAGAAUAAAAAGGGUCAAAAAUCCAGUUAAAGGAAAGUAUAUAGAAAGCCGAGGAUCAGCCUAAGGUAUUAGUAAUAUUGCCUCACAUCUGGCUGUCAGUGUUACUUAGAUAUUACCCAGAAUUAAGAGUAAACAAAUUAAUCCUUUGACACAUAAGUCCUGAGCAGCAUUGCUAAGACUGCCUUAAAUGAUGCAAGGGGGAGAAAAAACCAUGCAGUUGCCUUGACUUAUGCAAUGCCCUUGAAAAACAUAUCCUUUUCAGGCAUGUAGAAAUAUGUGAGAAGACUAAAAAUAUAGGAAUCCAUAGAUGAUAAGUUGGGACAGGCGAUGAGAAGCAGCAGUUGUCCUUGUGGCUUUGUGUCCAGGCAGGAUGGGGAAGGUUUUGGAGGGUUCUCUGCAGCUGAAAAUUUUGAGAAAAGGUGGCUAUCACCGUCUUAGAGAGUUGAUUCUAUUACUUGAUGGAGACUUUCAGGUUAAAAAUCCCUUGAUGGGCAUAUGGGUAACGGAAGAGAUUAUUUGGCUCUUGUACACAUGGUUUAAUACCUUGCCUACAGAGAGGGACUGAUUGUAUUGCAAAAUUAGGGCCUGCUUGAGAGAAGCAGAUAGUGUUUGUUUCAGUGCAUAGUACCAGAUUGGAAGGCAGAGGCAUUAUUUUUUUCUGAGCCUUUCCUAUGCCAGUCUUUGUGGGCAGAUGGAGGAGCCUGAAAUCAGGCACAGACCCAGUACUUUGCAAGGAAAAGGCCCUGGCUGUAAGAGUCAGCUUAACAUCACAACUGCUUCCCUUGCUUUAUUCAAUUCAAUACUUUCCAGUUAUUUACUGAAUGACUGUUACUUGCAAAGUUCUGGCCAGUGUCUCAGACCCACAAUGACAAAGGUCAAAGUAGAGAAUGGGUGCGACUUUACAUCCCUACCUCAUUUCUUGCUAUUUUUGUACUGUUAGUUGGCAAAAUGAAGAUCUCGAUUCUGGAGGAAAAAAUGAGAUUUUAGUGGGUUACAGAAUCGGUGGGUCCACAGUGAGAUAUGGCAAUUCAAAGAACUCUCAUGAACUCAGGCUGUAUUGAAAAGCAUAGAAUUGCACUGCCCUCUAUCCUGAUCAGUCACACCUGAAGUACUAUACUCAGUUCUGGGUGCCAUCGUUUGAGAAGGACAUUCAAAAGUUAAACAGAGUGUUGAGGAGGACCUCAAAGUUCAUGCCAUAUUGAGCAAAAGUAGGAUGGGUUGGUCUACAGAAGGAAACACUUAGGAACCAUUGGAUGUUUUUGGAAGGGAGACUAGACUUGUUUGAGAGGCUCUGAAUUGGUAGAUUCUAUUUACAGAGGAAGAUUGAAGCUCAGUUUAAAGAUAAAUAAUCGCAAAUAAUUAAAGUUGUUAUAUCAGGUGAAUUUCCUUAUAUUUAAGAGUAGAGGUAGAUAUAUAUAUAUAAAACACAAGGUUUUAUACACAGGUGAGAUGGCCUCUGAAGUCUCUCUCUCCACAUAUAACAAGGUUUCGUACAUAGGUGAGAAGGCCUCUGAGGUCUCUCUCGUUCUCCUGGGGAGGGCAUACUAAAUUUCCUCUCACUGGAGAUGUUACCGAGGAGAGAUGACCACCUCUUGACAUGUAGAGAUAGAUUACUCUUCAGAUAUGGGUUGGGCCCUCCAAGAUCCCUUCUUACUGAUAUUUACUGACUCAUUUCAUCAUCAGUCACAUAUUCAGAAACAGUAAAAUCAGUAGUCUCCUUGAAACAAAAAGUUUGGUCGUUUUGUUUCUGUUUUCCAUUCAAAGAGGCUUAGUGGGGCUGAAGUGAGCUAGGGAUUCAUGACAUUUUCCUUAGCACCUUUCUUCACGAGGUUAUUUUCUACUUCCUAUCCCUCUUCCGUCAAGUUUAUGUGGGUAUCCACCAACUGGUCUUGUAAACUCUUCCGUGGUGGCUAACAUUUUUAAGGCAGCUAGGGGAGUCUUGACCUGUAUAUGGGGCAUAGUCUCUUCCCCUAGACAGAUGCUGUCCCCUCCAUCCUGACGUCUUGAAAAGCUUUCCUUUCUAAUAUCACAGUACUCCACCCCCCAUCUCAUUCAUAACAAACAGCACAGAGACUUCUACUCUCUUUGUAUGAAGAUAUAAUAAGGAUAUAAUUUUGCUCCCAUGUCCGACUUCUCUCCAUAUCGAUAACAUUUAGAAAACUAAAGAUUCCUUGUCGGGAGUCCUCUGUCCAACAUUCAUUUGGAGUUGGAGGAAAAGACAUUUUCCCUCUGAAAUUCAUGCGGAUGAUUCCUAAUGUAAGGUGUUCUACAGAUGAUUUCUAACUUCACUAAAUGCCCCAUGACAGAGCCCAUAUUCUGUGGCUGAAAGGGAAAAUCUCUAACCAGCCAGAUGGCUUCUCUCAAUAGUAGGGUCUGCCUCAGGGGAGCGGACAGUUCAUCGCCCAUAUGAAGUGACAGAGAUGUCUGAAGGAGAAGCAGCCGCUUAUCUUUUCCUUAGAAAGGAUGGAGCUGCUCACUUACACAGCGGCUGGAUGUCACCGCUGCCGAAAGGCAGCGAACAUCACAUAAUCUUCUGUUUUUUGCUGCAACAAGACUCCAAAAGCCAGAGCCUCCACCGUGUUAGCGAACCCUGCUCAGCCCAUCCCUCUAUUUCUCUCUCCAGCUCUGGAAAGUCAGCUUUCUCACUUCAGAUUUUCCAAAAGCAAGUGAGACCUGCCCAGUUUAGCACUGUCACUGCCGUAAUCAGAAGAGCUGUGACCUGCACUUCCACCUACUGCUGGGUCUUCCUGGGGGGAAGGGAGGUCUGGGGCAAGAUGGGAGGGAGGGGGGCAAACCAGGGCCCAAUGCUGUAGAUUCAAGUCAACCCUUUGUCUAGUUCUACUUCUCAUGCACAUUUGCCAGCUCCUAUUUCCUCCCUGCUCCUAUUCCCUGGAAGCAGGGGCUUCCUCUUAAUACUCACGGCAACAUUUCCUUAUUUCUGGUGCCUACAUGACUUCUGAGGUUCAGACUAGCACCCUACUGGACACAAACUUAUUUAGCUGCAUUUUUGCAUCAUGUGCCCACCCAAAGUACCCGUUCUAAAAAGAAAAACCCAAUCAUCCUUUUGGAAAGCUGCAUAUGAAAACUUGAUCAUACACUAGACAUGAAACCACUAACCCUUACAUGGAUGCCUUUUUGUGACUCCUUAAGUAAACAGUCUAAAUCUGCAUUUUUCUUUUUUCUGGUUCUGUUCUUUUUUUUUUCUGGUGCAUGUAAACUGUUUGCUGAUACAGUGCAAUUAUUUUGUGCAUUGACAAAAAAAAAAAGGGAAUGUUGAAUAUAUUCUGAUUUUUUUUUUUCUCAUUGAUGAAGUGGCUAAAAAAAGUUACCUCGGCCUUUUUUUCUUUUCUUUUAGCUGAAAGAAAAUAGCCUGGUUACUUAAAAAAUGAUAAUAAAAUAAUUUUCUUUAAUGAAUGUAAUUGCUUAAAUCAUCCCCUUAUUCUGCAUUGAACCACAUAAUGGAAGAUGGUGAAGGGACACUGUCAAGAUGGAAAGAAAUCUUUUGCCCACUUUGGUAAUAAAUAUCAUAAAUUAGACAAAUUUUGAGAAACUGGAAUCUUUUCCUGAUGACCAACAAGCUAUUUCCUCACUGCCUUUAAUUCUCUGCGACCUGCUUUGCUUUGUGGGGAGUUUUGCCAGUGGCCCAUGUCAAGUAGAUGGCACAAAUUUGAGCCCAAAGGAUUGAAUCUGGAUUGACAGUGUCCCUUUAAAAGGUCUUUUGAAAAAUGUCUCGAUUUCCUGGAGGAAUACUGCAACAAACAUUUAGCUAAGAAAUAGUAGAUGCCAUCUUUAUUCCCAAAUAGUGAUCAUUUACAUUUGUGAUCUAACAGACAUCGAUGAAGAAUUUACUGCAUUCAAGACACUGUGCUCCACAUGA